GAGUUGCUGAUUUUGGAAACUUAACGGUAGCAAAUGCUCUUGCCGAUAACGGACGUAUUCAAAACCAUUGCAGCCAUCUUUCGUGUCUCAAAUGUUCCAUCGAGGAUGGAUGCAACGUAGCAGGGUAUUUUGCAUGGUCAUUGAUGGACAAUUACGAGUUUGGAAAUGGUUACACUCUCCGAUUUGGUAUGAAUUGGGUUAAUUUCACCAAUCCUGCUGACCGAAGAGAAAAAGAUUCAGGCAAAUGGUAUUCUCGGUUCGUUGCAAAAUAA